UUGAGCUGAUCACAGCAUACGGUUGAGCCAUGGAUUUAUCUAGCUGUCUGCUGCUCUUUCUGGUAUUUAUUUCAACGUCCAAAGUUGUGUUUACAAUCUGCAUUCCCCCAAAUCACUGCAUCGAAGAUAUGGAGGAAAGUGAUGCCCAAGCCCAAUUCGACUAUGUUCUGGGCAAAUAUGACGAGCUGGAAAUGAAAAUUCCCGGCAAGCCAGUUGGUUUGCAUGGCAAAGUGGUUACGCAUGGCGAGGCGGAGGAGCAGCACUUGGUGUUCCAGUACAUGGACAAUACGCUGCAUGACAUCAUCCAGACGUGUGCGUUUGUGGUCAAGCGGACUCCUGGCGAGUGCGAGAAUAUCCGGACCUACUGCUCGGCCUUCCUGAGCCGCCUGCCACGCCCCCUUCUGGAGCGCCAGCCCAUUGCCGUUUGCGAGGACGGGGUGCGGGUGGCGGAGGAGGAACCGGAGCCGGAACCGGAAGACGACCCGGAUGCAGAUGCUCAGGCGGAGGCUGAUCCGCAGCAGGAACAGCCGGAGACGACAACAUCGGAGCCGGCUAGCUUCAAGUUAAGAGCGUUCCACUGACCCCCGUCAGCGGUUGGAUUAUCCCUCUUCUGCAGAUGGCAUUAGUAUCUCAAGCAUUAGACAGCGAUUUCUAAAUUGAGUGAUUAAUUAAUUAAUUGGCAUUGAUUUGAUUUCAAUGAGAUCAAUUUAUAUUCAAGUUAUAAGCAUUAACAAUUUGUUUUGUUUUUAAUUUGCGUUAAAUGUUUUUUUAAAGAAUGUCUUCCAUGUCGUUUUACUUGUGUUUAAUUUGUGUGGCUAAGAAAAAUAGACCAAAUUGCUUAUAUUUACAAC